AUGGAGUCUCCGGUCUCCACCCCCGCCCCUCCCCCGCUGCACCUCCUGGCCCCAGUGGGGAACAGUGACAUUGCCUCCCCCUGCGAGCAGAUCAUGGUCCGCACUCGCUCAGUGGCCGUCAACACAUCGGACGUGGCCCUGGCCACCGAGCCCGAGUGCCUGGGACCCUGCGAGCCCGGCACCAGCGUCAACCUGGAGGGCAUCGUGUGGCAGGAGACGGAAGACGGUAUGCUUGUGGUGAAUGUCACCUGGCGAAACAAGACCUAUGUCGGCACCCUGCUGGACUGCACCAGGCACGACUGGGCCCCUCCGAGAUUCUGUGAGUCUCCCACCAGUGACCUGGAGAUGAGGAAUGGGCGUGGACGGGGCAAGAGGAUGCGGCCGAACAGCAACACCCCGGUGAACGAGAACAGCAACUCCUCUGACAACAAGGGCAGCAGCAGCAGCAAGACGCGGGCCGGGUCCAACAGCAAGGGCCGACGGGGCAGCCAGAACUCUUCUGAGCGCCGCACCCCGCCCAACAGCAACACGGAGGACGUCAAGGCCAGCCCCUCCUCCGCCAGCAAGCGCAAGAGCAAGCCGGCUUCCGACAUGGAGCCCAACUCCAGCUCCGAGGACACCAAGGGCAGCAAGCGCAUGCGGACCAACUCCAGCAGCGGAGCGCCCCCUCCCAGCGUCCCCAUCCCCGCCAUUAAGGCGGAGCCCCUGGCCCCGCCCCUCGACCGCAACUGCCCCUCCCCUGUCCUCAUCGACUGCCCGCACCCCAACUGCAACAAGAAGUACAAGCACAUCAACGGCCUCAAGUACCACCAGGCUCGGGCCCACAACGACGACGACAUCAAGCUGGACCUGGAUGGUGACAGCGAGUACGGCGAGGACUCCACCCUUCACCCGGAGCCUGGCAGCUGCAACGGGGCCUCCAGCUCCCAGAAGGGCUGCCUCUCCCCGGCACGCUCCCUCACACCCAAGGGCCGAGGGUUCGACGUUCAGAGCCCUUCCCCAUCCUCGGGGAAGUUCAGCUCCAAGCAGUCCAGCAAGAAGAAGCCCUGUGACACGGACGUGGACGUAGGGGGUGCUCCCAUGGACUGCGAGGACGGACCUUGCCUCACCGACGAGGCCAGCAACGACGGCAUGGACGAGAAGAAAGGCUUGGAAAAGGACAAGUCCAAGAAGUCCAGCAGCAGUGCCAAGCCAGACAAGCUGUCGCAGAAGAGCCUGAAGCCAGCUCGGCCCAUUGCCCCAGCCAUAGCUCCUCAACAGCUCUACACACUGCAGGCUACCGCCUUCGCCACCGGGAGUCCGGGCGCCUCCCCUGGGAUGACCACUGUGGUCCAAGCCAUUCCCAAGAGCCCCCAGCUGAAAGCCAUCCAGCCCAAGCCCACAGUGAUGGGAGACCCCUCUUCCAUCAACCCUGCCUUAAGCAGCUCCAAGGACAAGAAGAAGAAAGACAAGAAGAAGAAGGAUGUGAACAAAGAGGGCGACAGCCCCAAGCCCCCGGGCAAAGGGAAGCCAGAGGAGGGAAAGAGCCCUUACUCGGAGUCAUCAGACCCCGGGGGAAAGAACGAGGCCCUCCUCAACGGCUCCACAGACCCCCACCAGAGCCGCCUGGCCAGCAUCAAGGCCGAAGCGGACAAGAUCUACAGCUUCAGUGACAACGCCCCCAGCCCGUCCAUCGGCGUGGCCAGCCGGAUAGACAGUGGGGGGAUGGUGCAGCCCCUCACACCCCUCCAUGUGGUUACCCAGAACGGGGCGGACAACUCCUCAGUGAAGACCAACAGUCCAGCGUACUCCGACAUCUCGGACGCGGGGGAGGACGGCGAGGGCAAGAUGGAGAGUAUGAAGGCCAAGUCGGAGGACCAGGCCAUGAGGGAAGGGGCCAAGAAGACCCUCUUCCCCUCCCAAACCCCCAGCAAGGAGUCCCCAUACUACGCCAGCUACGACACCUACUACUCCCCCAACUACGCCAACCCCAGCCCGGGCGGGUCCAGUGGGGGUGCCCCGCUGGGCGAGGGGCAGGGGGUGAAGGUGAAGAAAGAGGAGGAAGAGCAGGGUGAGGAGAAGGCCAAGGGGGAGCCCCAGGAGGAGCGUAAGCCCGACAUGAGCGCCCCCAGCCAGCAGCCUCAACAGCAGCAGGCCUCGGUCAUCCAGCAGCGGUCCAACAUGUACAUGCAGCCGCUCUACUACAACCAGUACGCCUACGUGCCCCCCUACGGCUACCACCCCGACCAGGCCUACCACGCCCAGCUCAUGAGCACCAACGCCGCCUACCGGCAGCAGUACGAGGAACGGCAGAGGCAGGCAGCCGAGCAGCACCGGGCCGCUGAGAAGAAGUCGGACGCGGCACUGAAGGAACGGGAGGCCUCCAUGAAGGAGGAGUGGAAGCAGAAGGCCUCCAUCCCACCCACCCUCUCCAAGGCGCCCAGCCUCUCCGACCUGGGCAAGCCCCUGCCCCCCGGAAAGCUCAAAGACUCGUCCGAGCCCACCAAGUCAGUCAUCAUCCCUAAGGGCGAGGACCCAAAGGUGCUCUCCCAGCAGGCCGAGGGGCUGAAGAUGAAGCUGAGUGAGGGAGGACACCAUGGCAAGGAGGAGUCCAAGUCUGGCCUGGAGUCCAGCAGGCAGUCAGGCAUGGAGCAGGCCGUGUGGUACCGACAGGAUCCUGACUCCAGGCUGUGGCCGUAUGUCUACCCCAACAAGUACCCCGAGGCCCAGAAGCAGCAGGAGGAGGAGCAGCAGCGCUGGAAGGAGGAGCGAGAGCGGGAGAGAGAGAGGGAGCGGGACAGGAAGGGCAAGGACGAGAGGUCACGGGCCAAGGACCCCGGCCCCAAAGAGGAGGGGAAAGAGAGCAGCGACCCGCGGACGUCGGGCGCCUCCUCAGAGGACCACCGGGGGAUGGGCAAAGACCCCCGGACCACAGCCCACAUGCAGUUCACCUCGCCCCUGGCACAGCACCAAUCCUACAUGCCCUACAUGCACGGGUACCCCUACGGCCAGGGCUACGACCCCAACCACCCCGGCUACCGGGGCAUGCCCUCGGUCAUGAUGCAGAACUACCCAGGUUCUUACCUGUCCGCGGGAUACUCCUUCUCGCCGUACGGCAGUAAGAUGGGCGGGGGCGACGAGGGGGAGAAAUCCCGCGCCAGCCCCACGGUUGGUGGUAAGUCCACCUCCGAGUCCAAAGCCCUGGACAUCCUGCACCAGCACGCCAGCCAGUACAAGAGCAAGUCCCCCACCGUGAGCGACAAGGGCUCCCACGACAGGGAGAGGGGCGGGGGCGACCGCGAGAGGGACAUGGACCGGCCACGCUCCUCCCCCUCCCAGCGCAUCAUGCCCUCCCACCACCACCUGAGCUACCCUCUGCUCUCAGGGCAGUACGACCUGUCCUACGCCACAGGUCUCUCAUCCUCAGCCAUUGUUGCCAGUCAGCAAGCCUCCGCCCCCUCCCUGUACCCCCCAGCGAGGAGGUGAGAACGGGAGACCUGAUUGGCUCACCUCAACCUUGCAAGGAGUCAUGUGACUGGAUCACAUGAGGCAGCGUGUGGAGAUUGUUUAGACAUCAGUUAAAUGGUGUUUCUGUAUGUUUUAGUUUCUCUGCCUGGAUGUUGGGCAGAUUGUUGUUUUUUUUUUUUUUUUUUUCCCCCCCUUAGCGUCUGUAAACUCCUCCCUGACCGCAGACCCCGAGUGCUGGUACAAAGCCACCGCCCUCUGCCGCCGACACCCAGAGAGCCACAGCCCUUCUCCCUGUGCUGGCAACCAGGCACGCAGGCAAAUAAACUGCUCCCAGCAAACAAGCAGAAACAGACUGGAAAAUAUAAAGUUCAAAUCACUACAUUGAGAGGAUCCUGCGUGCUGCCCUGCGCCUAUUGUUUGCUGCUUGACAGGGGGAACGCGUGGGUUUAUCCCCCCAGAACCUUCGGAGCACGGUGAUGGAUUUAUUACAUUUGUUUGUCUUUGGAUACAAACAGAGAGAGGGGGGGGGUUGGAGGUGACCUGUGCCAGUGGCCAGGAUGCCGCCCUCUCCAAUACACCCCCGUGGCUCUCUAUGCAAACUGAAGCUGCUCGUCUCCACUUACUGUCCUGACAAACUCC